AUGAAUAUUUUCAGGAUUACGGGAGAUCUCUCCCAUCUUAUCUCAAUCCUGAUUCUCCUCCACAAAAUGCACCAAACAAACUCCUGCUCCGGAAUAUCAUUCAAAUCGCAAGCCCUAUACUUCAUAGUCUACAUAACGCGCUACCUAGACAUCUUCACCACCUUCACCCACUCCGCCUACAACACAAUUUUCAAGAUCCUCUUCAUAGGGUCCUCAGGAUACACAAUCUACCUCAUGACAACCGCCUACAAACCAACCCACGACCCAGGACUCGACACAUUCAAAGUGCAAUAUCUCCUAGUCGCCUCCCUCGUCCUCGCGCUUAUCUGGCCCUACGAAUACACCGUCUCCGAAAUUCUCUGGGCAUUCUCAAUCUGGCUCGAAUCCGUAGCCAUAAUGCCGCAAUUGCUGAUGCUGCAGCGAACCGGCGAGGCGGAGACGAUCACCACGCACUAUCUAUUUGCGCUGGGAUUGUACAGAGCGCUUUAUAUUCCAAAUUGGAUCUGGAGGUACUGGACAGAGAUUGAUAAGAACACUGGGAAACCGCAUUUCGAUAGCAUCGCUGUGGUGGCUGGGAUUAUACAGACAGUUUUGUAUUCUGAUUUCUUCUGGAUUUAUUAUACCAAGGUUAUGAAGGGGAAGAAGUUUGCGUUGCCAGUUUAG